UCGAACUUUAGCUCAAAUCGUUGUAGGUCCAAUCGAAUUUUAGUAAUCUUUUGUAUAAUUAUGUACCAAAUUUCUACAUGCAAGUCGUUGGGUUUGUUUAUCGAAAAUGGCGAAUAAUGAGAACGAGAAUGGCAUAGCACUGGUCAAGUUUGUAUCAGUGACCCUGCUCAUUUUGGGCAUCUGUCUGCUGGCCGCCAUUCCGCAAUGGAUGAUCCUGUGCCUGUUUGGAGAUGGUGUCCUGAUAUACACCAUCGCCUGCUUUUUCGUGGGCUUCGUGGUGCUCGUCUUCAUCCAUUUGAUUGAGCCGCUGAAGUACUGGAGGCCAUGUAACUACUUCGUCAUCGCCGUUUGCUACGAACUUAUGACACUGGGGGCAGCCAGUUUUCUAAUGAACUGGCGUCUGGUUUGCACCAUUGUGGUGAUGGCCACGGCCCUGCUUUUCCUCGGAGUCACGCUGCUCAUUUGUGCCGUUCUAAUUGGCACUGGAUUUUAUAUGAACCCCUUCAAACUGGCCGUCGUGGGAGGAAUGCUAUUCGUUCUGGCAUUCUGUAUUGAACUUAUGAAUAGCCUGCUGGCGUGGAGGUAUUGGCAGGAUGUGGCUAUCGGUGUCUUCCUUGCCAGUGUAGUUAUUUUGGUCAUCUCCCACGUGCUGAUCACCUACAUCAGCUUCGAGUUCCUGGUCAGAGAUGACACCAUCUUGGUCGCCAUAGUGCUCUAUAUCGCCUACAUACUCUUCCUGAUCGGCGGUCGCAUUUCCAUGAUAUAUAUCAAGGGAAACGCCGAUCGUUCCGCUACAUCGACCACUUCAACGCCCUAUGACGAAUAUGAAUAAUAUCGUAAAACUUUGUGAUGUAUCCUCUGUGUAAGCUAAAAUGUCGGAUUUUCUAAUAAUUAGAUCUCAUGCAUUGUUUUUAAU